CCGACGCCGCGUGGCCGUUGCCAAUCAUGACUGGUGUGACAAUGUCACGGUCACAGCGCAAUGCCUUGAUGCCCGGAAGUAUCUGCAGUAUUCCCCUGCAAUCUAAUCAUCAUUAGUACGAGGGGUGGCUGACUGGCGGGGAAUGACAUCCAAGUCGCCGGUCGCAACUUCACCAUCGGAAGAAAGUGCCGCCCGGAAUCCCCGUCUGCUGGGAUGAAGUACAUUGUAUGGAGUACACUCGGCAUUCAAUAUGUGUUUGCUGUAUAUUAGGGGUGAAGAAUACUGAGGACAUCUUGUGACCUGACUGACCCUCCUGCUGACUGAUCCCAUCUCCACCGACACUGACGUCUUGGUGUGUCAGUCAGGGUUGCUGCUCAGUCCUUCCCUCCGCAGCACUACUGCAGCUUCACUGCAUCACCACCACCUUCCUAUCCCAACAAGGAACUUCUUCCCCGAAGGCCGCCUCACUAUUGCUGGUCACACCCUUCGUACUCCAAUAUGAUCACUCACAUUGUUCAAUUCCAGUUCAAAGCCUCUCUCGCCCCCGAAAAGGUCCAGGAGACAUGCACUCAUCUCAUCUCCCUGAAAGACAAGUGUCUACAUCCCACCACUAAGCAGCCAUACAUCAGGUCAUUCAAAGCGGGAAAGCAGGAUUCGCCGGAGGGCAACCAUAAUGGAAUCACCCAUGUCUUCGUCAUGGAAUUCGAGUCCGAUCAGGACAGAGAGUAUUAUCUCACCAAAGACCCCGCGCAUCUAGGCUUCGUCCAGACCCUGGAUGGUCUGAUCGAAAAGUCCCAGGUGGUCGACUUCACCGAGGGGGUCUUCUAAUCCUUCCGCGGACACGAAGCCCUCAAAUAUAUCAGACCGGUAUGAAUAUGCAAGAAGAGAGAUGAAUACAUGAAUGUACAUAUAAUGCAGCAAGCGAAGAAAUCAACUUUUGAUGAUGUUCUGGAUCUGUUCGAAUUUCCGACCGUUGCGUCGCCGCCAGCAUUGCGGAUACGGAUAUCUCUAAUCCAGCCGCUCCUCCGGCGUAAGGAUCCAGCUGGGCAAACACAACGCCGCAGUCACCGUGGCAAACACUAGCUCAUUAGCGAA